AUGUUUGCCGCAGACUUCCAGAAUUCGGGUUGCCCAGACUGGGCCACAAAUUCCUUCAACAUGAAGCUCGACCAACUGCUGUGGGUUCCACUUCUCAACGCAUGCGCUUCAUUUGCACUCCCUGAGCAGUCAUCCUUGCGCUCGGUAGGUGACUUCCAGGAAACAUGUACAUCUAUUGCACCGAAACUCCAGAUCGCGAACGCCACAAUCUACUUCUCCCAGUUUGUCGCAGCGGGGACGAAUCUCAGCAUUCCAGAUUAUAAUGUCACAUGUGGGCAAUUCUCUCAAGCUAUCUCUACAGAUAUUUGCCGUAUUGCCCUUUAUGUGGCCACAUCUAACCGCUCCGGCAUUAACAUGGAAGCGUGGCUUCCGGCAAACUGGACUGGGAGAUUUCUGAGUACUGGAAAUGGGGGCAUAUCUGGAUGCACGGGAUACAACGACAUGGUCUAUACUACUAGAUUAGGAUUUGCAUCCGUCGGGGCAAACAACGGACAUAACGGUACUAGCGGCGGAGCGUUCUACAACAACCCCGAAGUUGUAGCAGACUUUGCGUAUCGGUCUGUCCAUACUGGAGUGGUGGUGGGAAAGGCGAUUAGUAAGGCCUUCUACGGGAAAGCUCACAAGAAGUCUUACUACCUAGGAUGUUCCACCGGAGGUCGACAAGGUUUCAAAUCCGCACAAGACUUUCCUGAAGAUUUUGACGGCAUUGUGGCUGGUGCCCCAGCAUUUGCAUUCAACAACCUGACGUCUUGGAGCGGACACUUCUAUAUCCUUGAAGGAAACCCAACAUCUCCUACCUUUGUUCCCACAAACAUGUGGCCCAUCAUUCACCAAGAUAUUCUAAAGCAGUGUGAUGCGAUUGAUGGCUACAUCGAUGGCAUCAUCGAGGACCCACUACUGUGCAAUUACGAUUCGAAAGGGCUAAUCUGCGGCGGAAACUUGACGACAAAUUGUUUAACACCUGUGCAGUCCCAGACGGUGCAAAAGAUCUUCUCGCCGUUGUAUGCCGCAGAUGGCUCUCUUGUCUACCCUCGGAUGCAACCCGGCUCAGAGAUUUCAGCGGCAUACAUUAGUUACACUGGUGCUCCGUUUCCUUAUAUGGCGGAUUGGUAUCGAUACGCAAUCUACAACGACCCUUCCUGGGACCCCGCAACUCUGAAUACCACAGAUUAUGCGAACGCGGCUCGAAUCAACCCAUCCAACAUUGAAACCUGGAAAGGUGACCUCAGUGCAGUACACAACCGCGGCGCAAAAAUCCUACAUUAUCACGGCCAAAUGGACGCCAUCAUCACAUCUGACAACUCGCCGCGAUACUACGAACAUGUGAGUAAGACAAUGAGGCUCAAGCCCACUCAGCUGGAUUCCUUCUACCGAUUCUUCCGCAUCAGUGGGAUGGAUCAUUGUUAUGGAGGCGAUGGCGCAAGCGUCAUUGGACAGAGUCUUAAUUCUGUGGCUAGUUUGGAUCCGAGUCAGAAUGUCCUCAUGGCGAUUGUAAAUUGGGUGGAAAAUGGCAAGGCUCCAGAGACGAUCAUUGGUACUAGGUUUGUUAAUGAUACGCAAAGCUUAGGGGUUCAGUAUCAACGGGCGCAUUGCAAGUAUCCAAAGCGCAAUGUAUAUAAGGGCGGCGAUGCAAAGAAGUUGAACAGUUGGGAAUGCGUAUAG